GAGUGACAUAUACCGACUGGUUUACGUCAACUGGUGACGAUUUGCGGCAAAGAUGGCAGCGUCCUUGUCGAAAGGUCUGCAGAGACUAGCUAUAGUGCUGUCUCAAAAUGUUGCCAGUGCAACAAGGUUAUAUGGUACAGCUGCUGUCACCAACAGAAUAGCUGCUGCCCAACUGUCAGCCAGCUGUUCCCCAGCUGUACAUCAGUCCCUAGCCCGCUGCCUACACACCACCACUGUCGCCAGAGCACGAGAUCAGGAGGAUCGGGAUGGAAAAAGGCGCUGGGACACAAAGAACCGCAAAGUGUUGCCGCCCCAGGCUCCAGGGGAACCCAGAAACCCUGCAUCCAUCUGGGUAAGCAGAAGGAAUUUCAAGUACAGCCACCACAAACUGUGGUACCUUGCCACCAUGGUGAGAGGAAUGAGUAUUGAUGAGGCUCUGGUUCAGCUCCAGGCUAUCUCCAAAAAAGGUGCACGUCUCAUCGAGGAGGUAUUGUUGGAAGCACAGGAAAAAGCAGUCAAGGAGUGUAAUGUUGAAUACAAGUCAAACCUGUGGAUCGCGGAGUCUCUGGCGUUGAAGGGUCGCCAUACUCAGGCAAUUCGUUACCAUGGCCGCGGAUACUUUGGCAUCAUGCACUGCGGAUACUGCCAUUACCUGGUGAGGCUAGAAGAGGGCCCGCCUCCGCCCAAGAAACGUGAUCCAACAGGGUAUGACAAGGCAAGCGACUACAUGGCGAGUUUGAGGAAACGGACGAUCCAAAUGGGAUUAUGAUAACUCAAUGGUGUAAAUCUUAGGACUCAGAUUGCAGAAGAGCCUUUAGGACUUGUGGGCUGGGCUUCAAGUCUUGGUUGUAUCAAAUAUUUUGAAAACCAGGACCCAUCUUAGUAAACAAGCUCACUGAAACUAUCCCCUAAGUGAUCAUGCGUUAAAAGUGAUAUGACACCUUGUACAGAAGCAUAUGCCCUGAGGCUGAUGGUUACGCUGUAGGCCUUAUCCAUGUAAUAUUACAAUAUCUCAAAAUAGCUAUUCCAUCCACCAAUAAGAUGUCAGAAAACAACUUCAGAGCAGAAUGUAUGGAGUUUAUUUGUCAGAAAUUAAAACGUUUAAGAAAUCUG